CUUGGGGCCUGCCUGGCUUCAAGCAUUUUGCAUAUGGUGCGUGGAAGGGGUGGGGGGUCAAGUCUGCUUCAGCUUCUUCUGUAGCUCUCACAGCCACUAAUGUGGAAGGGCAGCCUUGGAGCGCCUGAGGAAAUGGGUGUUUGAAAAUGGUGAUGUUCAAUCUGAAGCCAAGUUCAUGGUUAAUCGAGCAGUCAUGAUCCCUGCCUCACUGUGUGGAGCUGAGACAUGGAUGGCGUACAGACCUGUUUGCCACUUUAAGGGUUUGUGGGCCAAAGACCUGUGGGUAACAUACAGAAGACGCCUCAAUGCGCUGGAGAAGUGUUGUCAACGCUGCCUGCAGAAGAUCCUUCAAAUCUAGUGGGGAGGCAGACGCACCGACGUUAGUGUCCUCUCACAAGUGAACACCAUGCGCAUUGAGGCAAUGAUUGUCCAAUGUCAGCAUUGCUGGGCCGAUCGCAUCAUCUGGAUUUGUGACUCCAGACUCCCAAAGCAAGUUGCAUUCUCCCAGUUCAGGCAAGGUGUACCCUCAAGAGGAGGGCAAGGGAAGUGCUUCAAGGAUGUCUUCAAGGCUAACUUGAAAAAAUGCAAAAGUGAUAUCAGCUCAUGGGAGAUUUGCCCAGCACUGCGCUGAAUGGAGGAAGAGUCUGCUGCAAGGAUCUUAGUACGUUGAAACUUCAAAAUGACAACAGGAGAUGGAAAAAUGGGAGUGGCAGAAACAGUGUUGUGGACUGAACCAAGAACCCAGAGCCACCCGCCUUGCAUGGAAACGUAUGCCCAAGUUGCAGUGGUGUCUGUCAAUCCUGGAUAGGCCUUGUCAGCCAUCUUUGGACCCACAGAUAAGAUGAUAAUGGAAGAUGGUCAUCCUUGACUGCGAGGGAUUGCCGACGAUGAUGGUUAUUAUAAAACAACUGGAAAGGAAAGGUGCAGUAGUAUGGUUAUGAAAGCUUCUGUAGAAGAUGAUGAUUCAGGAUGGGAGCUCAGUAUACCUGACAAGAUGGAAAAAAGUAAUACCAGCUGGAUAGAUAUUACGCAGGAUUUUGAAGAGGCUUGUAGAGAAUUGAAGCUGGGAGAACUGCUUCAUGACAAGCUUUUUGGUCUUUUUGAAGCCAUGUCUGCAAUUGAAAUGAUGGAUCCCAAGAUGGAUGCUGGUAUGAUUGGAAACCAAGUUAAUCGAAAAGUUCUGAACUUUGAGCAAGCGAUCAAGGAUGGCACCAUUAAAAUUAAAGAUCUAACUUUACCUGAGCUGAUAGGAAUAAUGGAUACUUGUUUUUGUUGCUUGAUAACAUGGUUAGAAGGACAUUCUUUGGCACAGACGGUGUUCACUUGCCUUUACAUUCAUAAUCCAGACUUCAUAGAAGACCCUGCCAUGAAGGCUUUUGCUUUAGGAAUCCUAAAAAUCUGUGAUAUUGCUAGAGAAAAAGUGAACAAAGCAGCAGUUUUUGAAGAGGAAGAUUUUCAAUCAAUGACUUACGGGUUUAAAAUGGCUAACAGCGUGACAGAUCUUCGAGUAACAGGUAUGCUAAAAGAUGUUGAAGAUGACAUGCAAAGAAGAGUCAAGAGUACUCGAAGUCGACAAGGAGAAGAAAGAGAUCCAGAAGUUGAGCUUGAACAUCAGCAGUGCUUAGCAGUAUUCAGCCGAGUGAAGUUUACCCGAGUGUUGUUGACUGUUCUCAUAGCAUUUACGAAAAAAGAGACAAGUGCAGUUGCAGAAGCCCAGAAACUAAUGACUCAGGCAGCUGACCUGCUUUCUGCCAUCCAUAAUUCAUUACAUCAUGGUAUACAGGCUCAGAAUGACACAACCAAAGGAGAUCAUCCUAUUAUGAUGGGUUUUGAACCCCUUGUUAACCAGAGGUUGCUCCCUCCAACUUUCCCUCGAUAUGCAAAAAUAAUCAAAAGGGAUGAAAUGGUCAACUAUUUUUCUAAACUUAUAGACCGAAUAAAAACUGUAUGUGAAGUAGUCAACUUAACUAAUUUGCACUGUAUUCUGGAUUUUUUCUGUGAAUUUAGUGAGCAGUCACCUUGUGUUCUUUCAAGAUCUCUACUACAGACGACGUUCCUUGUGGAUAACAAGAAAGUGUUUGGGACGCAUCUCAUGCAAGAUAUGGUGAAAGAUGCAUUAAGAUCUUUUGUCAGUCCUCCAGUACUUUCUCCUAAAUGCUGCCUAUAUAAUAACCACCAGGCAAAGGACUACAUUGAUUCCUUUGUAACUCACUGUGUACGGCCAUUCUGUAGUCUGAUUCAAAUCCAUGGACACAACCGAGCACGCCAACGAGAUAAGCUGGGUCAUAUUCUUGAGGAAUUUGCCACGCUGCAGGAUGAGGCAGAGAAAGUAGAUGCAGCACUUCACAGCAUGUUACUGAAACAGGAACCCCAAAGGCAACAUUUAGCCUGCUUGGGCACCUGGGUCCUGUACCAUAACCUCCGUAUCAUGAUACAGUAUCUUCUGAGUGGCUUUGAAUUGGAACUCUAUAGUAUGCAUGAGUAUUACUACAUCUAUUGGUAUCUAUCGGAGUUUCUCUAUGCCUGGUUGAUGUCAACAUUGAGCCGUGCUGACAGCUCCCAAAUGGCAGAGGAGAGAAUAAUGGAAGAGCAGCAGAAAGGACGUAGUAGUAAGAAAACAAAGAAAAAGAAAAAAGUUCGCCCUCUGAGUAGAGAGAUCACCAUGAGCCAAGCAUAUCAGAAUAUGUGUGCUGGGAUGUACAAGACUAUGAUAGCUUUUGACAUGGAUGGCAAAGUGAGGAAACCCAAGUUUGAACUGGAUAGUGAACAAGUUCGAUAUGAACACAGGUUUGCCCCUUUCAACAGUGUCAUCACACCACCACCAGUCCACUAUUUGCAAUUCAAGGAGAUGUCUGACCUAAAUAAAUACAGUCCCCCUCCUCAAUCUUCAGAUCUCUACAUGGCAGCUAGCAAACACUUCCAGCAAGCUAAAAUGAUACUGGAGAAUAUUCCUAACCCAGAUCAUGAGGUCAACCGAAUUCUAAAAGUUGCCAAACCCAAUAUUGUGGUGAUGAAGCUGCUAGCAGGAGGUCACAAGAAGGAUUCUAAAGUUCCUCCAGAAUUUGACUUCUCUCCUCACAAAUAUUUUCCAGUUGUGAAGCUUGUUUGAAAAACAAGAGGUUAUUUGGAUACCUGAACUGUAAUCUGUAUAUCAGAUACCUUCUCUGAGGUGGAGUAUUUUAUACCAUAUCCAAAAUGAAACAGAUCUUUUGGAUAAAAGUACUGUUGUAUAGAAUAUCUCUACUUGACUUCCAUACAUGACCUGAAUGACAACUGCUGUUUUAAAGUGGUUUGUAUACCUUCUAAGCAUGAGGUUGAUUUUAAUCAACUGCAUUGUUGAAGAAGAUUGUAUCUUAUUUGGUUUUAUUACAGAUUUAAUCAUAAAUCACUUUUAUGAAUGA